AUGAUUCAGUCCCGACUCCGGCAUCUCGCCGCCCACAAUCUGUCAACCUUUCGCCGGCAGCCAUGGAACGAGAUCUCCGGCUCGCUCGGUGACCUAGGCACGUUCCUACCCAUCGUCAUCGCUUUGACAGAAGGCCAUCAAAUCUCCCUGACAACAACAUUAAUAUUCACGGGGAUCUACAAUAUCCUCACCGGCGCAUUAUUCGGCAUCCCGCUCCCGGUGCAGCCGAUGAAAGCCAUUGCCGCCGUCGCGAUCCUCAAAUCCCUAACGGCGGGCCAGACCGCGGCAGCGGGACUCUUCGUGUCGACGUGCAUCUUACUCUUCAGCGUCACUGGGCUUCUGACGUGGUUUACAAGAGUGAUUCCCAUCCCCGUUGUCAAAGGGAUCCAGGUCGGCGCCGGGUUGAGCCUGAUUCUGGCGGCAGGCGGGAAAGCCCUGGCGUCGCUCUCCUGGACCGCCCCGUCCUGGCUGGACAACUAUCUAUGGAUGAUAUUUGGGUUUCUGGUCCUUUUCGCGACCACCAGCGUCCAGCCUCGCACGCCGUACGCCCUGCUCGUCUUCCUGGUCGGGAUUGCUUUCGCGAUCGUCCAGGUGGCGGGCGACGACGAACACGGCCAGUUCCCGGGAUUCCGUCUAUGGCGGCCAUACGUUCAAGUGCCGAGGGCAGAUGAAUGGAGGACAGGCAUCCUGGACGCCGGCGUGGGCCAACUGCCACUGACGACGCUCAACUCGAUCAUCGCCGUCACGCACCUGGCCGCGGACCUGCUCCCCGAGAUUGAAACCCCCACAGUCACGGCCAUCGGGAUCAGCGUGGCCGCGAUGAAUUUCGUGGGGUGCUGGUUCGGCGCCAUGCCCGUGUGUCACGGCUCCGGCGGGUUGGCAGCUCAAUACCGCUUCGGCGCGCGCUCGGGCGCGAGCAUCAUCUCUCUCGGCCUGCUCAAGCUCCUUUUGGGGGUCCUGUUCGGUGAAAGCCUUUCAGACAUGCUGGGCAGGUUCCCUUUGGCCUUGCUGUCUGUCAUGAUCAUCGCGGCUGGGUUGGAGCUCGCCAGUGUGGGAGAGAGUCUUAACACGCCGCGGGCGCGAGAUCUGGGCAAAGAAGAAGGCGAAUGCACCGAGAUCACAGAUGAAGAGAGGAAGCAAAGAUGGUCCGUCAUGCUCGUGACGGCGGGGUUGCUCAUCGCGUUCAAGAAUGACGCCGUUGGUUUUGUGGCGGGGAUGUGCUGUCAUUGGAGCUUUCAAUUGUCGAGCUAUAUGGCAAUACGAACACGCACGCGCACCCGCGCCGCUACGGCGGAGGAUCCUGAGGAAGGGGAGGCUCUACUUUCGUGA